GGACUGGGUUGGAUUAAUGAGGGAGGUUAGUUGGUUUAUUUCUUUUGCUUUUGCUUUUUCUUAGGGGAGGUUUGCGAUAAUGCAGAGGCAGAGGGAUAGAUAGGUGGGAAUUGAGGGGCGGACGGAGUCAGAGACUGAUAAGCUGGACUGGGACUGGACUGGGAAUUGGAUGCAAGUGCGUGGAAAGUGGCGCAACAUGAGCGAUGCGCUGGGCUGGAGACAGAAACUCCCGGUCUGGUGGAACGGGUGCUUGUGUAUCACUCUUGAUGCUUUUCCCGGGGUUGCUGCUCUCAAAUACUGGGAGAUACAGAGAGAGGGUAUAUCCAGAGGGUAAAAGGAGCAAGCAAGCAAGCAAGCAAGCAAGCAAGCAAGCAAGCAAGGAGAAGAACUCACCAGAAAAGAGGAUAGACAGAAGACGCGAACAGGCAAGAAGCAGACGAUGCGGCACGAAGGGAGGAAAAGAAAGAGUGAAGAGGAAGAAGAAGCGGAGAAAGAAGAGGAGAAGGAAGGGAAGAGAGAGAGAGAGAGAGAGAGAGAGAGAGAGAGAUAGUCCAGAAUAAUAAUAAUAAUCAAUCAGUCCGUUCGGAGUCGAUCAAAUGGCGCCGGUGGAUUCCUUAG